GCGUCACUUCGACUAGAACCACCAAACAACAUGCUUCGUUUUGCUCUUCUCAUCCUUUGUGUGACCGCAACCGCUCUGGCUUUGCCAGCCGAGCUCCCUCUACUUCCAGGAGCCGUGCCAGCCGCUUCCACUUCCAAGUACCUUCCAUUCAGAGAGAUCAGCAACGGACGUAUCAUUAGCGGAUCCCCUGCUUCCAGAGGACAGUUCCCAUGGCAAGCCGCCCUUUACUUGACCCUUUCAUCCGGUGGUACCUCCUUCUGCGGUGGUGCUUUGAUCAGCUCCACUUGGAUUCUGACGGCAGCCCAUUGCGUCCAAGGAGUUAGUGCAGUCACCGCCUAUUUGGGUGUGACCUCUUUGAGCGACAGCUCCCGUGUUACCGCCCAAGCCAGCAGAGCCGUGGUACAUCCCAGCUACUCUUCGUCCACUUUGGCUAACGACAUCGCUCUCCUGCAACUCUCCUCGUCCGUUUCUUCGUCUUCGUACAUCUCGACCGUCUCUCUGGGCACCAGUACCCUUGGAACCGGAGUUGCUGUCACCGUAAGCGGUUGGGGAAGAACCAGCGACAGUUCAUCGUCCAUCAGUCAAACCCUCAACUACGUCGGAUUGACCACCAUCUCGAACACCGUCUGCGCUCAAACUUACGGUAGUAUCAUUCAAUCUGGAAUUGUUUGCUGCACAGGAAGCACCAUCCAAAGUACCUGCAAUGGUGAUAGCGGCGGCCCAUUGGUCACCGGCUCUGGCAGUAACGCUGUCCAUGUGGGUAUCGUCAGUUUUGGUAGCUCUGCUGGGUGCGCUAAAGGGUACCCAUCAGCUUACACUAGGACCGCUGCCUACAGAAGCUGGAUCAGCUCGAAUGCGGGAGUUUAAGGACAGGAGAGUCAAACUUUUUAGUUUGAGCAGAAUGACAAGGUUUAAUGUGUUGUAUUGUAUUAUAGUUAAGAUAUUAAAUAAAAAGUUAACUAUA